GUUGACAGCCUGCUUGGUGCCUGGUGGCCAAACCGCAAAUUGCCAGCAUCGGGCUGGAUGCAGCCAAUUGAGUGCCAGCACAACGCUGAUUAUUUCCAUGGCGUCCUCGACGCCCAAACACGCGAUCCUCCAUGGGCUCAAUGACGCCCAGCGCCGCGCGGUGACCUCGGAUGCCGCUACCGUCGCCAUCCUGGCCGGGCCCGGGAGCGGCAAGACGCACACGCUGACCGCUCGAGUCGUGUGGCUGGUGGACCACGUGGGGUUCCGGCCCGAGGAUGUCGUGGUCGCCACGUUCACCGUCAAGGCCGCGCGGGAGAUGAAGGAGCGCAUCGGCCGGGCGCUGGGAAACGGCCGGGAGAACAAGAUCGUGCUGGGCACCUUCCACAGCAUCGCACGCCGCUAUCUGGCCGCAUACGGCCGGCACAUCGGGCUCGACCAGAAGUUCGGCAUCGCCGACAGCGAUGAUUCCCGCGCCAUCAUUACCCGCAUUUGCAAGAGGUUUCAGCUCUCCGUCGACGCUGCUGCCGCUCGCGCCUGGAUCAGCAAGCAGAAAGCCAAGGGGACCGAGGCUGCUUCCGCGGCCGCACGCAAGGACGCCGCCAAGCUUCCCGGCCAGCGGGACCUGGAAACCUGCUAUCGCGAGUACCAAAGAUAUCUGGAGACCUCUAACCUCCUGGACUACGAUGACCUCUUAGUCCGCUGCGUUGAGCUGCUCCGGAAGUUCCCAUCCUGCGUCUCCAACGUGCAGACGGUCCUGAUCGACGAGUACCAAGACACGAACGGGGUCCAGUACGAGCUCAUGAAGCUCUUCGCUCAACGGCAUCAGAGAAUCACCAUCGUCGGAGACCCGGACCAGAGCAUCUACGGAUGGCGAUCGGCUGAGAUCAGAAACCUGUGGCGGUUGCUCCAGGAGUUUCCUAGUACCGACGAGGUCUCCCUCGAGGAGAACUACCGAUCCUCCCAGUCCAUCCUCCACCUGUCUCUCCUCGUGAUCCAGCAGGACAAGAAGCGGUACCAGAAAGCGUUGAAGCCGGUCCACAACCGGGGCUCCCGCCCAGUGCUUCGGAAGCUAAAGAGCGCCGCCACCGAAGCAGAAUGGAUCGUCUCGGAGAUCCGGAGGGCCAUUGCGAUGUCGGGCUCGAUGCUGACCCACAACGAUAUUGCCAUAUUGCUGCGCUCAGCGUCGCUCUCGAGACACAUCGAAAGCUCCCUCGGGAAGGCGGGCAUCGCUUACCGGAUGGUUGGCGGUUUCAAAUUCUACGAUCGCGCCGAGAUCAAGACGCUCUUGGACUAUCUGCGUGUCAUCCACCAGCCAGAGAACAACGAUGCACUCGCAAGGAUCAUGAACGUGCCGCGGCGGGGCAUCGGCGAAGUCACUAUUAAAAGCCUCCUGGAAGAGGCUGAAACGUCGGGGCUGAGUCUCUGGGCGGUCCUGUCGAAGCACUGCCGAGGAGAGCGCACGGCGAAGACAAAACUUACGAAGCAUGCCGAGCAAAGGCUCAGCGGCGGCCUCCUCCGUCCGUUAACGGACAUCAGGCGGCGGGUCGGGGAAGCCUCGGGACCCAACGGGACUCCGUUUGGGCUGGUCCAGAUGAUUGAGCACCUGUUGAGUGUCCUGAGCUUCGAGAAGCACCUCCUGGCUUCUCACCCCGAUGACCACGAACAGAGAUGGGCCAACGUGCAAGAGUUCAUCAGUCUAGCCGCCGAUUUUGUCAGGGACCUGGACCGCUCCGGUGACGAUUUCCUCCCGGAGAUCGAAGGUCUCCAGCAGACGAAGGAGGCCGAGGUCCUGCCUCGCUUCCUGGCCAACGUCUCUCUAGCCUCCGACGCCCAGACCGGAGACGAUGGCCAAGAGAACAAACCGCUUGUGACCAUCUCGACGAUCCAUGCAGCAAAAGGCCUUGAAUGGCCCGUUGUCUUUGUCCCUGCCGUUUACAAUGGGUCCAUCCCUCACGUGCGGGCCGAGGACGGCGACGAGGAGCGACGAUUGCUCUAUGUUGCCAUGACGAGGGCUCAGUGUCUGCUCUACCUCAGCUGGCCGGUCUUUGGCUCAAACGGCAACGGGGAGCGAAACGAGCUGUCUCCCUUUGUUGCUCCCGUCAGCGGCUCCUUUCUGGACAAGGGUCCCUGCUUCGACCGGCCGGUCAUGGGCGAGGUCGCCAGGAUCCUCCAGCGAAAACUGCCACCGGAGUCGACCAUCUUCGGGGGGCUGCCUGCUUUGUUCAAUCCCGAGGACAACCUGUUUCCCGUCGACCCGGAACAUUCGAAGCAAGAAGCAAGUGCUGGGUUCAAUGGAGAGGACGGCCGAUCUGGGGUAGUUGUACCGCGCGCGAAACGGCCGAGGCUGCAGGGCCCACCAACGGAUCAGAACGGCGGGGACGAAGCUCCCUGGCGGAGGGAGUAUACCACUACGAUGGAGCAGUCCUCCGCCUUCACAAUCGCUUCCCUGCCGGGGUUCGUCAGCGUCGGCGCUCAUCAAGCAGCCAUCGCUGCCGCGAACGCCGCGCCGGGAGUCACCCAGACGACAGACACGGUCAAGCGAUCAACAACCCGGCGACCAGCAGACCAGAAGAGCAUCUUGGGGUUCGUCCGAUCCAACUCCGGCCCUGCUCGUCCGGCCGCAACCGCGCUGCCGAGCGCCAGAAUGGACACCGCGCUUCAGGCGCGACAGCCAACCGGCGUUCAACCACCGCAGUGCUCUCCAGCAAAGCAGGCGAUCGACCCGGCCCUCUCUGGCCACAGGUUAAAGACCGGAAAGUUGCUGAACCGUCCGACUGCCGCAAGUGACGGGGACUCAGGCAAAAGGAAGCAAUACGCCUGCUUCUCCAGCUCGCCGCCCCGGCCGGCGGCGGUGGAGGACGACACGGGAACGAACACCGCGGAGGUGGAGGAUGACGAGCGGCCAGAGCCAACCCGCGCGGCUGCCUGUCUGCAUGUGACCACGUGUAACCUGCCCAAGGGGCUCGGGGUGGGGUUCAGGAGGCCCGCUGGUCUGGGCCGGGAGAACAUCACGCCGAUCGAGAGGCUGCGGAAGCCCUUUAAGCCACUGACCAUUAGUCGGUCAUGAAGCCGUGUAUGAACUGUGACGAAAUAUCUAAGUAAGACUGUAACUCUGGACCACACUGUGAAUGGCGAAACAGGGCUAGCCCAACAUGAGGACGAAUCGGAGCCGUGAAAGGUUGCGUUGAUGACUCGAAGGGCGUGCUGCUGCAUCCGACUUCUCCCGCAUUUGUCAUUGAGAGUGUUCCAGGUGCAUGGACAAGUGUUUCCCGUUCUGG